CCUUUGAAAUCGAUUCUGAUAAUGAUAAUUAUGAUUCAGUAUCUAUUUACUCAGAACAAACCACACAAUCGGCUGAAUCUACUAUAAGUCAAAAUACUAAUUUAUCGCAAAUGUCUAAUCCAAAUAAAAUGAUACAUUAUUUAGCUUGUACUCUUACUUACAAAGAACAAACUCAAUUUGAAAAGGAUAUUCUUAAUAUGACUAUUGAAAAUG